AUGACGAAUCCAUACGAAACGGACCCGGAUAGAAUCCCUACAACUGACUUAUACGCGGAUGUGCCGUUGUAUGGUCGAUACUGCCCAAAAGCCGAUGAUUUCCGCGUUGAUCCCAAGCAUGUCAACUCUCACACGACUGACUCCCUGUGUGUGAUCCGCAUUUACCCGGCUGAUGAAGGUGGUCGCGAUGUGUUUGCCCUUGGUAGCGUGAUUGUGAAGUCCAGUCAUCUCCACGCUCAAUAUACCGAGAUUGAUUUCUCAUAUGCCGAUAUGAAUGAACUUCAGGCGAUUGAGUUGGCAAACCCAGUUUUAACGGAGGUCAAAGUUCCAGAGGUUUACUUCACUAGCAAGAUCAACGGUCGCCAAGUACUUAUCCAAGAAAGGAUCCCAGGGGUUGGAAUGUCUGUCGCAUGGCCAUAUCUAUCCAAAGACCAGAAGAUGUCCUAUAAAGAACAAGCUAGGCAAAUACUCCGUCAACUUCACACUAUUAAGCCCCCAGAGGGACUUCAGGCUCGUUCUCAUGUGACACCGGAUCCCAACAUACUGAGUAACGGUCGGAUCAAUCCAUUAGAAGCGUACAUCCUUUUUUCAGGCACCAAUCAGGAUCCAGAUAUGAGCUUCAUGCAUAACGACUUUACCUCGUCAAAUUGUAUUGUUGACAAUGGCACAGUUGUGGGGCUGAUUGAUUGGGAAAUGGCUGAAUUUUUUGGAUGGAAGACUGCCGGAGAAGUCCACCGUCAGGAACAGCUUCGGGACAUGAUGUUCUGGAAUGACCUCUAUGAUAAGGGUGUGCCAGAGAGUGAAACCAUGGAGCUCUACAAUACCCAGGGGAUGCCCGUUAUUUGUUCAAGAUUAUGA